AUGCUGUCGCUGCUGGGUCUGAAGUUACUGCGAAAAAUGUCCAACAUCUCGAUGCUACCGCGGCUAACGGCCAAGGAGCUCUCCGACAAGAUCCUCGCCGAGAAAGAGGCGGCAGACCCCACGUUUGCCAUUGUCGACGUACGAGAUGACGACUACAUCGGUGGCCACAUCAAGGGCUGCAUCCACGCUCCUAGCCGGCAACUCGACGCCAUCAUGCCCUCGCUGCUGCGCCGCUUAGCCGACAAGAAGACCGUCAUAUUCCAUUGCGCUCUCAGUCAACAGCGCGGGCCGAGUGCGGCGCUUCGAUAUAUUCGUGAAAAGGCGGCUGCGGCGGACAGCGAGACGCCGGAUGAGCAGCAGGUGUUUGUGCUGGACCAGGGCUUCACGGGCUGGCAGCAGGAGUUUGGAACCGACGAGCGCUUGACAGAAGGGUACAGGAAGGAGCUCUGGGCCGAGUAUCAGUAG